AUGUCUUAUUACCAACACAGGACCGUCGGCAUGACGGCCCCCGCGCCGCUGGUAGACCAGCUGCGGCUGUACCACGUGGACAUGAACCCGUACGGGCACAGGGUGCUGCUGAUACUGGAGGCGAAGAGGGCCAAGUACGAGGUGCACCGACUGGACCCGCUGCACUUACCGGAAUGGUUCAAGGAGAAGAACCCGAGACUGAAGAUCCCGGUGCUGGAGAUCCCGACGGACCAGGGCGACAGGUAUCUGUUCGAGAGCGUGGUGAUAUGCGACUACCUGGACGAGAAGUACGCGCGGAACCCGCUCCACUCGCGGGUGCCCUACGUGAAGGCUCAGGACAGGCUGCUGAUUGAGAGGUUCAAUGAGCUAAUCAAGGGCAGCCUGGAGUGCUUCGAUACUAACUUCGCCUACGGCAGCGAUCAGAUUAUCCAAACUCUGGACAUCUUCGAGAAGGAGCUGGCAGCGAGAGGUACGAACUAUUAUGGCGGCAACCGCCCCGGCAUGUUGGAUUACAUGAUAUGGCCGUGGGUGGAGCGGCUGUACCUGCUGCGUUGCGUGAACGAGAGGCGAUUCGACGAGAAGCGUUCCCUCUUCCCGAAUUUCGCGGAUUGGGGAGACCAAAUGCAGCUGGACGAGGUUGUGAAGAAGCACUCCAGGUCGCCAGCCGAAUACUUCGACUACUACAAGAACGCGCGCGCCCACUCGAUGGGCUACUAUCUG